AGCCAAUGAUUUGAUUCGUGUAUCUUACAAAUUUUUUAAUUUAUGUUGUUUAUAUAGAGAUGGAGUACAAGAUUCAAAAAGGAAGUAAUGGAAAAAGAAAGGCAGAGGAAGAACAAACACAUACCAACCGUUUAAAGUCACAGAAAACAAAUGGUGUUGCUUGCAUUGAAGUCUUAUCGAAAGAUUACUUUCAUGUGUAUAUGAAAGAGUUGGAAGAAAUUCUGAACAGUGGAUUCACAAAGCUUAGUUCAGAAAUUUCUAGCCUAAAAGCUAAGUUAAAUCAUCUUGACAAAAACUUCGAAAGUUUGAAAAAGACAAUGAAAAACGACCCGAAGACCACUUUGAAUGCAACAGAGUCUACAGAUUCCUCGGUCGAAAUAUUGAGUAUAACACCAUUAAAGACAAAUGAAAUGAAGACAUUAGAUAAAAAAAUAAAGAAGUUUGCUAUGUUACUGGAUACUAGUGGAGGAACGGAAAGACGUAAGCAAGUUGUGAAAUCUUAUGAUCCAUUUGCUGUGGUGGAUCAUGGUAAAGAUGCGUGGUUAGAUUCAUGGAUGAAGAUAGACAGAGAUAUAACAAUUAAUUUGGGCAUCAUAAAGGCAGACAAAUUUUUUUUUGCUGAGCUUAUUGAACCAAAGGUUUGGUUAAGUGAAGAACAUAUUGACGUUGGUAUGUCUCUUUUGAGAAGAAAGUUAGGAGAAAAAUCAUGUCCCUUUCAGAGUAAUAAAUUGGCAUUUCUGGAUGUACCAUUUACAUUGCUGAUUUGCAGGAGCUAUCAAAAGUUUUUGGAAGAUCCAAAGAACUUUGAGUGGAGCUCUGAGUUUAUCAGUUACUACAAUGGUAUUCUACCUAAAUGUGAAAGAACACAUAAGAGACUUGGUGUUGACGUCGAUGACGCGUAUGUGGUGUUAAACAUUAAGAAUGUCCACUGGAUUGCUUUGGCUAUAUCAAUUCUUCAACGUACCGUUGAAGUGUACGACAAUAGUUGGAUGCUCUCUGGAGAUGACGAGAUAACCGAGUUUGUGAAACCAUUUGCAAUGAUGAUUCCACAUCUUAUCAGAUCAUUGGCUUCCCCAGCUGACCAAAAGGGUUUAAGUGAUGCUGAGUACACAAUUAUAAGGUGUAAGAAGAUUCCACAGAACAUACAAUCUGGUGAUUGUGGUGUCUAUGCUAUCAAAUAUAUCGAAUGUCUUGCAUUAUACACAGAUAUGGAAGUUGGACUGUGUGAUGCUAACAUCAAAUUUAUCCGGAAAAAGCUUGCAGCUGAUAUGUUUGCUGAAGGAAAUCAUUUUGAUGAUUUUUAGAAGAAUUACCUUUGUUUGGUUUUAAAAGUUUAGGACGUGCUUUUUCUGUUUUUCACUUUGUCUUUCACAUUUUUUAGAUGAUUUUACUAAAGUUUUCAGUUUGCAUUUCUAUUUAAUAGCAUAUGUGUUUUUUAUUGAACUCAUGACAAUACGUGCUUCUUUCUUGGCUUUUAUAACCGAACGUAGUUUCAAAACUUUAUUUGAUAAUUGAUGCACUCACGGUUCUAUUCUCAUAGUGGGAGGUAAACGCAAAAGUCAAAGAUAGUGGGAAGAGAUUCCUUCGUCAUAGGUGUAAAAAUUUAUACAUGUUGCAAUACGUUUUACUCUACCAUAGGAAGAAACAAACAGAAGAUGAGUAAUACUUUAUAAAAAUUUUGGCCAUAAACGUGCAAGAGAAACAAUACACAGAGCACUUAGUUAGAGCACCAUGGGCUUGUUCAUGGUCGUGUAAGCUUGUGCUCGGAGUGUUCGGAUCGAGAGGAGAGAAGCGAUAUUGGUUAGCUUUCUGCUUGGGACAAAGACACUACCCUAGUUACUUGCUUGUCAAGUUAUCUGUUUUGGGGAAAACUCUUGUGGACAGAGAAACAGAGGAUUGAUAUUAAAGAUCAUUGACCGUGAUAAUAUUGGAGAUGGCUUCGAGAGAGGGAUAGAAUCUUAUUCUUGGUUUCACAUACUUAGUUUCACAAACAAACAUAGUGCAGUUCAAGUGCCUUCUCAAUGCAAACAAACGACAUCAGUUCAAAAUAAUCAACCUUAUUGCAAAAUAAAAACUAAAAUAGUUAUCAAAAUCUAGAGUAAACAAAACCAAAAUUUGCAGAAAAAGCAUUUAAAACAGAAAUAAGUUUAGAACAUAAAAUGUCAAAUUCCAAAGUCGCAACGGGCACGAUUGUGUCCUGUACGAUGACAUCUUGAGCAAGCUUGUUUCCGUGCUUUUUUCGAGCUGUUGCUUGUUCUCCAAAACAUUCAUAUCUUCUUUUCACAGGUCUUCCAGCACCUCUUUUAACAUCUGGUGGAAGACAUUUAUAAGCAACAAUAUGAGGAGGUAUUUCCUUCACGUCCAGCAGCUCAUCUAUAGGUCUUAUACUCUCUGAAUAUGCAGCACACAUGUUUGCCUUUGAGUAGUACUGAUGCACAAAUAACCCAGGGUUCAAGCCUCGACUUGUUGCAGCCUUAGCAGCAUGCUUACAAGGGAUCUUGUCAACAUUAAACACAUUACAUGUGCAAGUCAUUUGUUGAAGAUCAACCAAGUAAUUUCUUGACCCAUCAGUUACCUGAAACUCAUCCUGAUUUAUAGACUGCCCAUCAAAAGUAGACGCCAAAUCACACCUUUUAUUGAGCUUCUUUUCAACCUUAGGCGUGAGAGAAGAUUUGAGCAUCGCAGCACUUUCUCGACGGUCGAAAAACCACCGUGUAAGUCUAUUCCUUAUUGCUUCAAUCAACGACACAGUGGGUAGCUCACGUGGUUUCUUAAACACUGCAUUUAUUGACUCUGCUGCGUUGCUUGUAGUGAUGUCAUAUUUGUCUCCAGCAAAAUAAGCACGUGACCAAAGGUUCACAUCUGCUUCCUCUAGAUAAACGCCCAACUCAUGAUUCUGACGUCGUAUUUCGCUGAAAAUCUGGUCGAAUUCUGCAGUUGUUUAAGCUUUGAUGGCUGUCUUAACAAGGCGAGAAAUCUUUCUUCCUCCAGGCUGAGAGAUGACAUUCUUGCGUAGAUGAUAGGUGCAUAUUCCACGUUGAGCCAAUGGAUACACUUUUGCAACUGCUUUUGCAAUGGAUGCGCAUCUGUCAGAUAUCACUACUAAACUAGGAUCAUCAGAUACUAUAGAUGUCAAUCUGUUGAAAAACCACUCCCAAGAUGCUUCAUUCUCAGCAUCUACUAUUCCAAAUGCAAGAGGAUACACAUGAGAAUCACCAUCCUGAGCUGUUGCAACUAACAAACUCCCUUAUAUUUCCCUUUCAAGAAGGUGCCAUCAACAACAACAACUUUCCUCAUGUAUUUAUAACCCUUGGCGCAAGCAGCAAACGAGAAAAACAAGUACUUGAACCUAUGCAGAGCAUCAACCUCAAGGCAUGCAAUUGUACCUGGAUUAGCUAUAACAAGCUUAUGCAUGUAGACUGGAAGCUGCGCGUAGCUAUCUUCUGGAGAACCUAAUACCUCCUUCCGAGCUUCUUCUCUAGCUUUCCAUAUCUUCCAAUACUUUGAAUCAAGACCAUAUCUCUUUUUCAUAGUACUUGAAAUCAACUCUGGUUUCAUAUUUAGACCUGAGUUUCCAAAGUUUUCCAGAAGAAGCUUACUUAUAACUUUGGAAGAAGCUCUCGGUCCAGCAAUGUUUCUUGAAAAACAUGUAUGCUUGUCGAUGUACUUUGUUACCCAGAAAAACUCGCAAGUCGGAUUAGUCUUGGCAGCUCUAACCAUCCAGCUGCAGCUUGUAUCUGCACAUUUGACAACUAACAACUUCUUGUCUGACUUGCUGACAACAAUUCUGAACUUGCGUUCGAUUGAAAGCAUCCGUAUACUCCAAGACAGCUCUGAUUUAUUCUUGAACCAUUGACCCUUUUCAAUGACCUUUGCAUCAUGAAAAUUAGAAACUUCCACUUCUGGUUCUUGAUUACUAUCCUGUCUAUCAACAUUCUUCUUCUUCUUUCCAUGGCCUUUUCCAUAAAUGGCAGUAUCUUCACGAUUGAAACCUUGAUCAUGGUUCCCUACGUUUCCAUUCUUCACUGAGACGCAAAGACGCAGAGGCAUGGAUUUAGACAUUUCACACAUAGAAUCCAAUUGCCUAUCAUUGUUCACAAAAACAGGAGGCGUAUCCUUAGGCAUAUCUCGAAGCAUUGAUUCCGGUAGUGCAUAGCUAAGCUCUAACUCAUUACCCAACCUACUUAUACCAAAAUCUUCGUGUACCAUCUGAACCAUAUCAUCAAACUUCAAACCUUUCCUAAAGGUAAAUAAUUUACCUCCUGCUGUUGUAUUCACCAUGAAUUUCCAUGAUCCUUUAUUCAUCUUCCACUCUCCCAACACUCCAGCCAAAUGCAACAUGAUUUUCCUAAAAGAAAAAAAAACAGAUUGUCAAAAUAAAAGAGAAGCAGAAUUAGAAAUUGAAAUCUGAUUGAUGAAACAACAAACCUCUUGAGAUGAGAGGAAGAAUCUGUUCAACUAGAGAGAAAGGAAAAAAAAAUUCAGAAGUAGAAUGAAUACGAAGAAGACGAGAAGACGACCCUGCGUUCUUUAAUUUUUAAAUCAAAAUAAAAAAAUAAUUUUAAAAUAUAUUAAAAUGAUAUGAGAAAGAUAUUGUGCAGUAUAUUUAAAAGAUAUUCCAUAUUCUCAUUCGAUUUUCUUUUAAAAAAUUGUUUAAAAAAAUUGUUUUAUAAGAAUUGAUAAAUAUUAAAAUUGGGCAAUUUGGUAAAUUUAUAUAUAGAUAAGUGUAUUUUUCAAAAAGUUUAAACAAAGGUGUAUUUUUCAAAUAAUAUUCUUAUUGAAGUGCAUUUAUCCAAAUUUUCCCUAUAUUUUUAUUUAGUACUCUUUUUUUUCAUUGAGUACUGAAUAUAUUAGUCUAAAGUUACAAAUAUAAUAACUUAAGAAUGUAAGAUGUAUAUAUCAAAAUUAACCAGAAAUUGGCUGUUGAAAUUAGAGAAAAAGAAAUAAUGUUUUUAUUAGGAAUAUCGGGUUGAGACAAUGGCAAAGACUGACCGAGAUAAGAAGCUUAGAGCAUUUUUAAUGGGAUAGUUUAGGAAGGGAGUGCUUAAGAAAAAUUAGUUUAAUAGUCGGUGGGACCCACCCAAAAAGUAACAACCGAUACUUGAUGUUUCCAGAUAAGCGUCGCAUUAUGUGGGUUGUUUGUACUGUUCGCGGGCCCCACUGAUACGUGACGGCCCGCGAUUGAUGGGUUUUUUAAUUUUUUUUGUUUUUUUUAAAUCAGAAAAAA